AAUUGUUCUAAUGUAAUGUUCUUACGACCCUUGACCCCAUCAUGGCCGUCAAAAGCUGAAUCAAGAAACGAGAUUUGUGAUUCGAUGACUUUUAUGACUUUUUCCUUCAUGACAGCUGCCCUAAAGACUUGAAUGUAGUUUCGAACCAAAACUUCGUUUCUUUUGACUGUUUUCCUUGAAGACUUGUUCAAUUUGGUAAAAGAUGAAGCUAGUUUUUGUGACGUUUUUAGUAGCGUGUUAUGCAGCAACAGGUGCGAUUGAGGUUUUCACAGCUGGCGGGAAUUUCAGGCAAAAUAAAAAUGAAAUUUUGAAUUCCCAUAAAUUUAAACCGUCCCGACAGAAUGUCAAAUCUGCACUCCCUGAUCUUUUGACGCUUAGUUCUGAACUUGGACUGAAAGCGUUUUAUCUGUUGGUGCACAGAGCCGGUCUGGACGCCAUGUUGCGAGGGAAGGGUUACUGGACGGUGUUCGCUCCCACAAGCAGUGCCUUCGACAGGCUUCCACAGAACAUCAAGGCAUCGCUUCAAGAUCCCGAGGUUCUGAACAGGAUCCUGCUGUAUCAUAUUGUCCCAAAGGUGCUGAAAUCUGACAGUUUACAGAACAACAAGGUUAUAACAACAGCCAACAACAGGACAGUCAGGGCUAAUGUUUACCAGAACCAGGAAGCGGGACAGGACAAGGUUACGGCAAUCAACGGUUCACCAGUCUACAAGGAGGACCAGUUGGCAGAGAACGGGGUCCUCCAUGUGGUAGACAAAGUGUUGUUUCCUCUCACAACAGGAACUGCACUGCAGUAUCUUACACAGCACAUGGCAAUGUACAGUCAAACAUUGAAGUUACUAGAGGCAGCAGGUGUGGAGAACACUUUGAAUGACACCACAGCUCACACCUUCAUGGUGCCAACAAAUGCAGCCCUGGAGAAGCUAGACCCAGCUCAGCUGCGCCACCUGAUGAAUGACUCUGGAACUGCAAGUCAGAUCAUGAAGCGGCAUAUACUACAAGAUGUGAUUUUCUAUGUCGGUUUCUACGACAAUGAGAAAGUCAAAACUCUAGGAGACAACAGUGAAGAACUGACAGUGUUGGUAGGUCCAGGAGGUCUGGAGGUUAAUGGGAACGGAACGUUCUCCCGCAUGGUGAUUGCAGAUGUGCCUGUGACCAAUGGAGUGGUGCAUGUGGUCGACACCCUUUUGUACAAGCCUUAAAUCUUACCUCUUUACUAUCGGUCUCACAUAGCCAAAGUGAAGUGAACAAUGAACAGAGUGAUAAUGGUUCAGCAUAGACAUAAACCUUCUCAAGAGUUUUAGAGAGGAGCGAGUCCAUCCACACCUAUCAGUGUAUAAGGAAUCCCCAUCUCUGCAACACUGUUGUGCAAGUACAACACCUAGUUUCCAGAGGUACUGGAAUAGAUACUAACUCUGGUUUGGCUUACCCUUUGCAUAAGAAAACCUUUGCAAUAAUGGCAGUUUCAGAAAGAAGCAUUAUUAGAGCCCGGAGGAAGAGAUUAUCAACACAGCAACAACAAGUAACAAAAGAAUUUGGUUGUGUGUUUAAAAGUUUAAUUGAACCAUACUGCUUUUACAUCAGUAUAGGUAGAGCUAUCUUACAGGUAGGCCUUGGGUGUGUCAGAUUUUUAACCAAAAAGUAUAGACUACAGACAAGGAGGUUUGCUUCAAUGUAUUAAACAUUUACAUACAUUUAGAAUUACAGUGUACAUACAGCUACAAAUGUGAGUGUUGUGCUUGAUAUAUUUUUUGUGAAAUCAGCUCUUCUGAUUAAAUAUUUCACAAA